AUGGCGCAAGGGCCGUCACCACAAGACAAAGACCCGGUGGCCUCCCAGGCUGGUGCUGAGCAACAAGAACAACAACAACAGUACCAAUUCAUCGCAGUGAGUCCAGGACGAGAGACCCGACCGAGCGCCGAGACUCGAAGGCUCGUCCACAGCCAUGCGCAGGCCAACUAUCGACGCCGCCAGGGCCCUCACCACCUGCAACGACGACAGCGCCAGACGACCUGGGAAGUGGAUGUGAGUCCCCUGUUGUCGAAAGACGAUUCGACAGCGGCACAGAAUACUAGUGGUGGUAUUACAUCGAGCACGGCGACCACGGCCGGCCAGUCUACAGGUGCUGUCGCUAUCAGCCCGGUGAGCCUGCUGGCCGCGAACCGGUCGGAUCCGUUUCAAUCGUUCGGCAUCGAGGCUGGUUCGAGGGCACAUCGUCUCUGGGACCAUGUGUACGACGGAACAUGUGCCAAAUUCCGCACCCUCAUCGACAUUGGAUUCAUCGAUCUUGUUCGAGAAACAAUCGCCGUCUCACAGAUGUUGUCUGCGUCCGCGUGGCAUCUGGUCCACUGGUGCCGAACUGAGGAUGACUCGGGGGAAGACGCGAGAUACGCAUUGAUUACGACACGGUCGCUGCAGCAGAGAUUGAACAAUCUGGCCACGGGCACGAGUGAUGAAGUGAUCACUACCGUUUUGGCCGCUGCUGCAUACGCGAACUUGAUCAAGCAGACCCAAAUCUUUCAAGUGCAUAUGGAUGGUCUUGCAAAGAUCCUCCACCAUCGCGGCGGAGAACAAACUUUGGAUUCUACCGCCGGCCUUAGGCUGUCGAUGUUCUGGAUAGAAACCAAUGGACGUUUUCUUCAGGAUGCCGCGCCACGGUACCGUCCACCAUACCGUCUCCUCGCUAGAAGAAGUAGACUCGACCUUGACAUGACUGACGUAAGCCUACUCUCGCAUGGAGAGAAUUUCGACACGCUCGAACAAAGCGAAGCGGUCCGGCACAUCUGUCAACAGUUGAGGCGACUGAACCACAUCAUGGACGAGGAGUGCACGAGGCGAGAUCUGUGGCACGAUAGUCCAUUUGCAGUCUUCCACGUUUCUCCCAUUUUGCACGACUGCCUCUCCAUCGCCCAUGGCACGUUGCGAGAUGAAAUCCAGCUACGUCAACGGGAGUGCUUUCGACUCGCCAGUAUUUUGUAUCUGUGUGAGAUUCGAGCCAAGUUUGACUUUGAACCUGGCGCCGGGAUGCUUUAUGGAACCAAGUUGCAGUUGAUGAUGGGAACAGAAGGCCUGCUCCCCCGAUGGGAAAGGUCCAAUAACGUGUUUCUUCUCUGGAUCCUCACCGUGGCCGCCUGCUCAGCGACUCUGUUUGACGAUCUGCGCACCCAAUUCGUUUCUCGGCUUGCGGAGUGCAUUCACGCGGCUGGUAUCGCCAACGUUGACGACUUCUGCAGCAUCAUCUAUGAUUUCACCUGGAGCCGCGGUGCUUUUGGACCGGCAUUGAGUUCGUUAGCUGGCACAAUAAGACUUUGA